GCUGCGCCCGUGGAUGAGCGUCUGUGCUGCUGCUGCUGCUGACAGCGUCACCACACGGCUCCGCGUCCUCGUCCUCCUGUCUUUCGAUUUUCGGAGUGAAAAUGGAAAAAGUCUGCGACGCACAAAUAAAGGGAGUCAGCACCGGAACCACCAUCCUAGCGGCCACCUUUGAUGGAGGCGUGGUGAUUGGCUCAGACUCCAGGGCGUCCAUUGGAGGGGAAUACGUGUCGUCCAAAACCAUAAACAAGGUGAUCCAGGUUCAUGACCGCGUCUUCUGCUGCAUGUCCGGCUCUCUGGCCGACGCCCAGGCGGUGACCAAGGCCGCCAAAUUCCACCUGGCCCUCCACAGUGUCCAGAUGGAGACCCCCCCUCUGGUGAUCGCUGCAGCGACCAUACUGAAGGAUCUGUGCUACAGGAACAAGGAGGAACUGCAGGCCGGCUUCAUCACCGCCGGCUGGGACCAGAAGAGAGGAGCCCAGGUGUACGUGGUGUCUCUGGGCGGGAUGUUGGUCAGUCAGCCCGUGACCAUCGGCGGCUCCGGCAGCACUUACAUCUACGGCUACGUCGACGCCAAAUACAAACCCGACAUGAGCAGAGAGGAGUGUCUUCAGUUCGCCAUCAACGCUCUGGCUUUAGCCAUGGGGCGAGACAACGUCAGCGGGGGCGUGGCUAACCUGGCGGUGAUCACAGAGAGCGGGGUGGAGCACGUGGUUGUACCUGGAAACAAGCUGCCCACGUUCCACGACGACUGACGACCUUCACGAAUGUUGAGAACGCACAGAUUAACGUGGAACCUCAGGAGACGACAAGAAAAUAAGAAUAAAAAUAACUUUGUAAAUAAUGAGUGAAUGACGGGUGUUAAACCUGCGGUGGUUACUUUGACCCCGGGUCACAUUUAAAAUCAUGGUUAGAAUCAGAUCUGGAACCAAACGGUCGUCGUCUCUGUGAAAGACAUCAAUACGUUUUUAAUGUUUUUUGUUUUGUUUUUGUGAAGUUCAUCCAGUUAAAAAUAAACUACGACACACCUUCGUA